UGUGGCUUCAGUAUUUGUUUUUGGUGUAUAUGUUGGGGUCGCUGUGUUUUUACAAUAGAACAGGAGACUGAGUAUCCGUCAUUGUUAUCCCGCAGCGCGCCUAUUAGCGAGAACAGGCGUGUAAUCCACGAGCCUGUAUCACUAAGUCUCUCAAGCCGUCGGACAAAAUAGAGCAAUCCGAUAAAUAAGCGAGCGGAUAACUAAUUCCCAAGGACGCGAUAUCCGAGAUGGCCGAGCUGCGGAAACGAGACACGAAAGAGGCCGAAGAGAUCAAAGAGGAAGUCAGUGCAAAAAAGGAGUUAUCGGAGCUGAAUUACUACAUCGAUGAAACCCCUCCCUGGUAUCUCUGCAUUCUACUUGGACUUCAGCAUUACCUGACCAUGUUCGGGUCGACUGUUGCAGUUCCUCUCAUUUUAGCAGCACCCAUGUGUUAUGAUAACAGCCCUCUGGCGAAAAGCGAGAUCAUCAGCACCAUAUUCUUCGUCUCCGGUCUCUGCACGCUCAUCCAAACUAUAUUAGGAAACCGAUUGCCGAUCGUACAGGGAGCCACGUUUGCAUUCCUCGCGCCGACAGGGGCUAUCUUAAACCUAUACGGGGAAUGUCCCGCCCAAACAGGGAAUUUAACUGCCGCUGAAUAUGAUGAAAUAUCAUGGAAACCGCGAAUGAGAGAGAUCCAGGGGGCCAUCAUGGUGGCGUCGCUGUUCCAAAUACUCAUUGGCUUCACUGGAAUGGUCGGUUUUCUGCUGCGCUUUAUUGGACCACUGACUAUUGCGCCAACAGUCACUCUAGUUGGAUUGGCACUUUUCGGCGCUGCAGCUAAUUUCUCAGGAGUGCACUGGGGGAUUUCUGCUAUGACGAUCGUCUUAAUCAUAAUGUUCUCGCAAUAUUUGCGUAAUAUCGAGUUCCCUGUCCCAAGCUACGAGCGUGGGCGAGGAUGCUUUGCCGGCAAGUUGGCAAUCUUCAGGUUAUUUCCGAUUAUCAUGGCUAUUGUCAUUUCCUGGGUUGUGUGCGUGAUUAUCACUGCUUCUGGAGGCUUUCCCUCUAGCCCUACGAAUUCCCAGUACAUGGCAAGAACAGACGCCCGCAUCGACGUCCUUAAUAAAGCUAAAUGGUUCAGGUUUCCUUACCCAGGUCAGUGGGGCACGCCUACAGUGAGUAUGGCGGGGGUUUUCGGCAUGCUAGCAGGGGUACUGGCUUCCAUGAUCGAGUCUAUAGGGGAUUACUUCGCGUGUGCUCGCCUCAGUGGCGCUCCACCUCCCCCCACGCAUGCAGUGAACCGUGGCAUCGGUGUCGAAGGUAUUGGGUGCUUGUUAGCAGGAGCAUGGGGAAGUGGUAAUGGCACCACUUCUUACAGCGAGAAUAUCGGAGCUAUCGGCAUCACCAAGGUUGCUAGUCGCCGGGUUGUCCAGGCCGCUGCAAUCGUCAUGUUAGUCCUAGCUUGUCUGGGCAAGUUCGGCGCCUUGUUUGUGACGAUCCCCGACCCUAUUGUGGGAGGCGUGUUUAUGGUGAUGUUCGGGAUGAUCACUGCAGUUGGGAUAUCCAAUCUACAGUUCGUGGACAUGAACUCUUCACGGAACCUGUUUGUAUUUGGGUUUUCGAUGAUGCUGGGAAUGGCUCUGCCGUCGUGGAUGCAAAGCAACAGUGGGGUCAUCCAAACAGGUUACCGGGAGCUAGAUCAGAUCAUCACUGUGCUCCUAAGCACCAAUAUGUUCGUUGCUGGGUUUGUCGGGUGUAUUCUAGACAACACCGUCCCUGGCACCCCCGAGGAGCGUGGAAUGGUUUUAUGGAAGAAGCAGCUUGACGACGGCGAAUCCACACGAGGAAAGACCACUGUACACACCUACGAUCUUCCUUGUGGUCUAAAACGACUCUCUCGAUUCACAGCCUGCAAGUACAUUCCGUUCCUGCCUUAUUAUCCUAAGGAAUAUAACCACCCAGAGACUGGCAGACAAAAUGGCAUUGACGAAAAGGAGAUGACUUCAUUUUAAGGAGUGAAUUUAAGAUAGACAGCAGUAUAGUAAGCCUCAAUAAUGUAGUUUUAUUACGGCUGAUUGAUUACAACGAAUUAUUGCCCUCCUGUAUAGAGGAUCCCUGGCGGUAGUAACAGAGUUUGUUAGGUUGAAUUCUUAUAAUAAAAAAACACGAAUUUCCCUCUAUUAUUUUUCUUAAUCGGGCAGGUUUCGGCUAGCGGGUCGGGGACAGUUCGCACGCCAUUGGGUAGUAGCUCAAAUUAAGCAACGUCAGUUGACCGGGUUUUCUAAUAAAACAUGGAGAGUGCGUCGCAAACGUGGUUUAUCAUAAGAAUUUAGCCUCUCUGUUCCUGAGAUUUUUAAGUGGUAUAUAAUCUAAAGUGUCAGAAAUCUGCAUGUUUCAUUUCAAAAUACUAUAAUCUGAUCAGUCUCCGUUUGGAGAAUCUCAAAGCACAUUAUACAUAAAAAUAUGAUGUGAUAUUAUCAUGCGCAUUUUGGACAAUCGGGUGGUGUGAACACUUAUUAAUAAUUUGAGUCCCUACGCUAUAUCAUUUUUGCCUCAUUUUAAGGUCUCAUUUUAAUGUCUCUUUCAUACGAUAUGUAUUUCUACAAAUGUCUUCAACCCAAGGAGUAUAAAUAAAAGAAGAAACUGUA